CAAUCCUUGAUGGGAAGACAGAGGCUGACGAGAGAAUUGGUCAAUUGUGGACGGUCUUGGGACGUCACAAGCAUCAUCUUUGCUAAUUACACUACUCGACACUAGAGACAGGCAUUUGCAGGGUCGCCAUGCAACCUAAGGGGUGACAGACUGGCAGGUGUCCACGAGGUAAUCAGACAUGCAUCCUCAGUAGUACAUAUUACCACUGUGUGCGCAUGUAUUCCCGCCUCACCCAUCUUUUCGAUCGACCCAGUUGACCGGUAGCCACUCAUUUGUUUCCUUCCUUCCAUCUUACCCGUCACUCGUUAAUCGUCACUCGUUACUCAUCUCUCCGCACUCGUCAUUGCGGGUAGUGAUCGCCAUGUUGUCAUUGCAGAUCCUCAGCCUCCUGGCCGCCUCGUCAAUCGUGACAGCGGCCAAGGCUCCCCAGUUCCUCUUCAAGGAUGUAGUUGUUGUUGGUGGAGGUGCAUCCGGCUCCCACGCUGCCCUCCGUCUCCGGGAGGAUUUCGGCAAGAGCGUCGCACUCAUUGAGAAGCAAGCCAUUCUCGGUGGCCACGUUGAUACUUUCGUCGACGAGAACACCGGAACCAAGUACGACUAUGGUGUCCAGAACUUCAUUGACUAUGGCAAUGCGAAGGAAAUCUUCCAGCGCCUGGGCAUCCAGACCGCCGCGCCAGGGCGUACUGCAACCACGACCACUUAUGUCGACUUCACGACGGGCAGGGAACUCAACUUCACUGCCCCGGACAUUACGCUCCAGAUGGCUGCGCUCGACAAGUACCGUGUGCUGGCCGAGCAGUGGGAGGACAUCCUGCUGCCAGGCUACUUCGACUUCCCGGAGCCAGCAAACAUCCCCUCGGAUCUUCUCCUGCCCUUCGGCGAGUUUGUCAAGAAGCACGGCAUCGAGGCCGCCGUUCCCUUCGUCUACAAGACCACCGGACUGGGCGUCGGCGACGUCUCGACGCAGCUGACCAUCUACGUCAUGCAGGCCUUCGGCGCGCCCAUGGCCCGGAGUCUCCUCGGCCUGCAGGACAGCAUCGUCCCGGCGUCGGGCCGCAACCAGGACGUCUAUGAUGCCUUCGCGGAUGCCCUCGGCGACGACGUGCUGUUCUCGAGCACCAUCAUCGACUCGAAGCGCACCGACUACGGCGUUUUCGUUGUCGUCAAGAACAACAAGACCGGCGACAUCACCCUCAUCACGGCCCGCGCCCUGCUCGUGGCCAUCGAGCCGACAGCCGGCAACACGGAGCCGCUCGACCUCGACGAGACGGAGAGCGCCGUCUUUUCCAAGUUCGACUACACGCGCAUCUACGCCGGCAUCGUGGCCAGCUCGUCCCUCCCCGUCGGCUUCUCGCUGUUCAACCUGCCCGCGGCCGCCGAGCCCGACAACCUGCUGGCCUACCCCAGCAGGCCUUUCACGGCCCGCUUCGACUACCUCGGCGCCGACAAGUUCUUCCGCGUCAUGGUCAUCGGCGAUGAGGACUCGACCUCGUGCAAGGCUAUGGAGCUCGCGCAGCGCGACUACCGCACCCUCAUCGAAGCCGGCCAGGCCGCCCCCGGCGACGGGAACCUCGGCUGGGUCGCUUUCGAGGACCACGGUGCCAUGCACCUGCGCGUGUCUGCCGAUGACCUCAAGGCCGGCUUCGUCCAGGACCAGUACGCCCUCCAGGGCCGCCGGGCCACCUGGUACACCGGUGCCGCCUUCUCGGUGCAAUUCCAGACUCACCUCUGGGGCUACAACGACAUCCUUCUGCCCAAGCUCGUCGCCUCUUUGGAGUCGUAAGGGCCUCUUGGCAUGGGGCUGGUUGUUCGGAGGAGCAAAAUAGUAGAGAAAACGGAACAGGCAACUGUGUCGUUGGUGCUCCUAGUAAUGUUGGAGUUUAAUUUGGCCGUACUAGCCCUGUAUCUGAAUCUUCAUCGAUAGACCAUAAACCUAUAGACUCUGAAUAGUGGCAAGCUUGCA